AGGAACUCGUAUUUCACGUAAUUCAAUAGUAUCAUAGAAAUAUACAACGCAUAGCAAAAGUGAGGUUAGAAAAAACGUAAUCUUGAUGCUGAAUAUUCGUAGUAUUUUCCUAUCAGAGAUUUCUGCGAAUUCAGAGAUGAAAGAGAUUUGAAAGCAAAUUUGUGGUUUGACGUUUGUGUAAAAGGAAAAAAAACAAAAACAAUGGCAAUUAUGCCGAGAUUAACGUUCCUACGAUCAAAUAAAAUUCUCGCACCGUUGAACGUGGAAAGGUGGUCACGUGGUACUAACAAAAACUCACGCCUGAAUUCAACGGGCUCGGGAUCGAAAAUAUUGGAACAUUUGGGCAAUAGAAGUUUGAUAAGAGUCAGAGGUGACGAGUCGUCGAAUUUUUUGCAAGGUUUGAUAACGAACGACAUGAGACAUUUCGAUGAUGGCGCAGCGAGUAUUUAUACCCUAUUUUUGAAUACGAAAGGUCGCGUUAUGUAUGAAUCCAUAAUAUACAAAACCCUCGAAAAGUCAAUUUAUUACAUCGAAUGCGACACGAGAGUAACGAACAAUCUUGAAAAACAUUUGAAAAUGUACAAAGUUCGGCGUAAAGUUGAUAUCGAUUCGCUUGAGAAUGAAAUGAAAGUAUGGAGCACGUUCGAUCCUCUAAUAUUUACGAACGACGAGACCGGAGACUUGGAAAUGUCGAAAUGGCAAUUGGAAGGUCAAAUAUUUCCGUGUGGCACUUUAAGCAACAAAUCUACCAAGCUCAUUGACGAUAUUGCUAUCUACGAAGACCCGAGAAUUCCCGAGUUGAAUUUGAGGAUUUUGAGCAAUGCACAAGUCGAUGAAGACCAAAUUGUCAAGCAUUUGGGCUUCGAUAUUCAAAGGGGUAAAAAUCACUCGAAUUAUCGAGAAUUUCGUUACCGAUUAGGCAUUGGUGAAGGAAUCGACGAUUUGCCUGUUGGCAAAGCUCUCCCUCUCGAGGUGAAUUGCGAUUAUAUGCACGGUGUCAGUUUUCACAAAGGUUGUUACAUCGGUCAAGAAUUGACAGCUCGUACUCAUCAUACCGGAGUCGUUCGUAAACGAUUAAUGCCUUUGACGAUCGAAAAUUUCGAAGGAAAGAAUUUCAAUUAUGACGAUAAUUUGCUCGACGAAGCUGGCAAAAGUGUCGGGAAAUUUCGUGGCAAUGAAGGCCGUUUUGGCCUUGGACUUGUGAGAAUUUCUGAAGCUCUUGCAGCGCAAACUAUCAACAUUUCUGGUUCUCGGGUUACUGUUAUUAAACCUAGGUGGUGGCCCAAAGAAUCUCAACAGGAUCAAGUCUCUGCUGAUACUAGAAAAUGAAAUUUACACUUGUCUCUAAUCAAAUUCUGUCAAGAAAUAUUGAAUUGUAUUAUUUAUCGAUUACGUAUUUAAUAAUAGAACGUAGUGAGAAUUUA